GCGAUGUCGGUGUUCAGUGCAGUUAAAACGGGGGAUUUGGAGUGCAUCAGGCGGAAGGUGAAGAGGAAUGAGGCCGUGUCAAACAAGGUGAACAAGAAAGGGGAGUCACUGCUUCUUUGCGCCGCAAAGUAUGGACAGCUGGAGGCCUGUAGUCUCUUAUUAGAGUCAGGUGCAGACGCCAAUUUAGCAAGCGCGGAUGGAGAUACACCACUGCUUGUUGCGACAGAAUAUGGACGCUAUGACAUAUGCGAGCUACUUUUGAGCGGUGGUGCCAAUGCCAGUGCAGAGAAUUCAUACGAGGCCACUCCCUUGAUCUGUGCUGCAAAAAGAGGACAUAGAGGAAUCUGCCAAUUGUUGUUAAAGCUAGGGUUGGAUGUCAACAAGGGAACAGCGCUAGGAAAUACGGCAUUGAAAGCUGCAGCUGUACAUGGCCAUGCGAGAGUCACAGAGCUUCUCAUAGAAAGGGGCGCGGAUGUGAAUGAUGCUUGCGGGGAGAGCAAAUACACAGCAUUGAUGUUGGCAGGAGAGAACGGACAUACAGACGUGUGUGAGGCACUUCUUAGCCAAGGCGCAGACAUAGAGCACAGGGAUACGUUUGGGAGGUCAGUGCUAAGGGUAGCGAAAGAAAAGGGACGAGAUGAAACUUUCGCUUUCCUCGAGAGGGAAAUGAAUAAUGAGUUUAGGCGUUUAAAACGUGAACUGGAGGAGGCACGAGCAGAAUUAGACGGCGUGAAAAGGACAAAAACAACAAAAGCGGCAAAAACGAUAAAUCUCGAAACGGCGCCCGAGAUGGCACCGGCUUCACAAUAGUGUAGGGAUGAUGAAAUAACUAUAUCGGCUCAUGCGCACUGUACGAAUUGUGCAUAAAUAUUUGCAUCAAGACAGCGGAAUAGUGAACACACAAGGCAAGAUCUCAAUUACAUACAUAAAAAUUAGGUUACG